AUGUCAAAAGUUAUUAAAACAUUACCAAAGAAUUGUAAAUUCUCAACUUUAUCCCAAUUGAGAGCAAAAGUGGAAACUCAAACCGUUUCACAAGAACCUGAAACCCCAAAUUUAAAAAUUAAACAAUAUCAAUAUGGUCCAUUAAAUGAAGCACAAAAGGCAUUUUUAGAUAGAGUUAUAAGAGUUGAUCAAGCUGGUGAAUUAGGUGCUAAUUAUAUCUAUGCAGGCCAAUAUUUUGUAUUACAACAUACAAGACCUGAAUUAAAAGAUUUAUUAAAACAUAUGUGGGAUCAAGAAAUUCAUCAUCAUAAUACAUUUAAUAAAUUACAAGUUAUUAGAAGAGUACGACCAUCACUUUUGACUCCCGUAUGGAGAGCUGGUGCUUUUGGGAUUGGUAUUACCACUGCUCUAUUGGGUAAAGAAGCUGCAAUGGCUUGUACUGUUGCAGUGGAAACUGUUAUUGGUGGACAUUAUAAUGAUCAAUUAAGAAUUUUAAUGAAUAAAUUUCAAAUUGAUGCAAAAGAUUUAAAUACUGGUGAAAUUAUAAAUGGUAUUGAAAGUGAAGAAUUAAAUUCAUUGAAAAAAACUAUUAAAGAAUUUAGAGAUGAUGAAUUAGAACAUUUAGAUACUGCUGUGGAAAAUGAUGCUGAAGCUGCUGUUCCUUAUUGGUUAUUAACUGAAGUUAUUAAAGGAACUUGUAAAUUAGCUAUAUGGACUGCAGAACGUGUAUAA